AGUCAACUCAACAUGGUUUUGUGGGAUUGAAUCUCUUUGCAUAUCGACCACUUCCUUGUACAAAUGAAACAGCUGAUAUAAAUGCAGUACAACGAGUUUAUGAUUUCUACGUAGGCUGGUUUGCCAAUCCCUUAAUAUUUGGCGAUUAUCCUGAUGUAAUGAAGAGGAAUGUUGGGUCUAGAUUGCCCGAAUUCACACGAGAAGAGUCUAUGCAAGUUAAAGGCGCUAUAGACUUCAUUGCCCUGAAUCAUUAUCAAACAAUACAUGUCAAAGAUAGCUCCAGCAGCCUUGAGAGUAAAAUCAGGGACUACACCAUUGACGGAGCAUUCGAACUUAUAUACACCGAAGAAGAUUUCUCCACCAGAUCAGUUUGAGUAUCCAGUGACACAACCGGGACUAGGAGACAUAUUAGAAUAUCUCAAGCAAGCUUAUGGCAAUAUUCCAAUAUAUAUUCACGAAAAUGGUCAAAUGACAAGACGAAAUGCUACGUUAAAUGAUACAAGAAGGGUGGAAUAUCUGCAAGCUUACAUUGGGACUGUGCUUGAUGCUAUGAGGAAUGGAUCAAACGUGAAAGGCUAUUUCGUGUGGUCGUUCCUAGACUGUUUUGAGUUACUGGAUGCAUAUGGUUCAGGAUUUGGUGACGAAGAGUUAACAAGAUAUCCAAAGCUUUCUUCACAUUGGUACACUAAUUUCUUGAAGGGGAAAGCCUCCAAACAUAGUGAAAUUCUUCAGAUUGAAGAUGAAGUACUUCAUUCUUCACAAUAAGUAUUUUGUGGUUUCAUUUGUAUCUUCACAAUAAUGAUGUAU